UGUAGGGGGCGCUACCAGACAGGAAUUCAGUGCAUGCGCUUCAGUACUAGAGUGCACGCGCUAAUACAAGGGUUUUACUGGUGAAUAUCCAUUCUGAUUGGUCGGGUUCUUCCAGCCGUUGACACGUUUCGCAGAUCUGGACUGUCUGUACAUUGUAUGUUGUGUCUGGUUUCAAGUUACAAUGGUCCAGAAAAGACCAUUGUAGGUUGAAACUACUGUAUGUUGAGGGAUCAGUGUAUUUACAAUGUUCCUCGCAGUUCUAUGUAGAUUCCAGCAGUGGAUUGUGAUAAAUUGUGUCGUUCCCCUUUAAAUAGUUUAAUAUCCUUCCGGUCAUUCGUAUAGUGUGAAGACGUUUCUCACAAGUGUGUGAUGAUCGCAGAGGACACACCCCCCAGAGAAAGCAGAACGCUGGGAAAGGGUUAAGCUCUUAAGCCAACCAAGUGUGGCUUCCAGUAAUGUGAUCUGCAGAAAAGUAACUGCUGCACACGACUCCGAGCAUCAGUCUACAUCUGGAGAGCGUUCAGGAUGAUCCUCGGGCUUCAUGGAGAGACCUCAGGAGACCUGGGACAGAGAGAAGACCACUGUCUAAAGGCAUGAGCCCCCCGGGAUCCAACCGGACGAGACUGAAGAACGUGCGGACUGAGGAACGAGCGGACUACCCAAGGAGCAGCCGAGAUGGAUUGGGAAAAGCUCCAGAUUUCUUAGCUUCAACAGGAGAUUUCUUGAGCCGCUUCCUCGCUGUUCAUGCAUUUUCUGGAGAUCUGGUUCUUGCCGCCAUGCUAUGUAGACCUUUACCAUCUAUCUCACAGCCAUAGAAGACAAGAGGACAGGAGGGUUCACAACAUCAGCAAAGUGACACCCAUCACCACCAUGGACUGUCUGUUCAGAAGGAGGAGAGUGCUAAAAACCUGCAUAACCCUAUCACUACUGUUCGCCACCCUGGUCACCAUACACAAAUUGAAAUUGGUCGAAGAAGGGGCGAAGGGAAGCCUGGCCUUCCAUACCAGGAUCAUGCAUGAGUGGUUGCUACCAGACAAUAGUUCCUCCAAGAGGAACAGCGAAGGGACCACUAGGAAUUUGGCUGCGGUUCCUGGCACCUCCGUAGGGUUGACUUUGCCUCCACCAAGGUGGGAUGUUAAUGAAAGUAAAUGUCCAGAAAACACUGGUCUGAGAAGACAACCUUGGUUCAGACAUGUGGAUCCCAGAUUCCAUCCGUUUAUCCUGCAUCGGCAUUGCAGGUACUUCCCACUGAUACUUAACCAUCCUGAGAAAUGUCAGGGAGAUGUGCACCUGCUCAUAGUGGUCAAGUCCAUCAUCGAGCAACAUGAUCGGAGAGAAGCUGUGAGAAGGACAUGGGGCAAGGAGAAAGAAGUGGGUGGCAAAAAAAUCAGGACUCUGUUCCUUCUAGGAACCACAUCCAUAGGUAAAGACCACAGAAACCUCCAGAGACUUAUCGAGCAGGAGAACCAGAUCUAUGGGGACAUCCUCCAAUGGGAUUUCAUGGACACUUUCUUCAACUUAACUCUUAAAGAAGUCAACUUCUUAAAGUGGUUUCACAUCUAUUGCCCAAACGUUGAGUUCAUUUUUAAAGGCGACGAUGAUAUUUUUGUGAACACUGAAAAUAUAUUGGAUUUCUUGGCCUUCAAAAAGGAAGACCCCCUACUGCCCAGCCUGUUUGUUGGAGACAUUAUCUCCAGAGCUGUUCCCAUCAGGAAUAAACAAAGUAAAUAUUAUAUCCCCAAAGAGUUGUACGACAAACCCUAUCCAGUCUAUGCUGGGGGUGGCGGCUUUUUAAUGGCGUCUGCUUUAGCCAAAAAACUCUUCGUAGCUUCUGAGAAGAUCCAGUUGUUCCCCAUCGAUGAUGUGUUUUUGGGAAUGUGCCUUAAAGCCUUAGGGGUGGAGCCCAAACUGCAUCCAGGAUUUAGGACAUUUGGAAUUAGCAAAAAGAGAUCGAGUGCCAUGAACCGGGACCCCUGCUUCUAUAAGAGCUUGUUGGUGGUCCACAAGCUGAGCUCAGAGGACCUCCUUAAAAUGUGGAAUGUUGUCCAUGAUGAGAAAAUGGUCUGUGCUAAAACGGUUAAUAUUUAAGAACAACUCGACCACGAUGCCUCAAGGUGACAAAUAGGAGAUUAUUUUCAUAUAAAUUGUUUACAGUUUUCUAAAUUACACGGGAAAUGUUUUAUCUGUUCCACCUUUCCAGCUGGUUGGGAAAUAACGUCAGAAGAUCAGAAUUCCUGCACUUUAUAUCAUAAAAUGUAACAAACAGAUUCUGCCGCUCUGGAAAAUUAUACGAAACAUGAGAAAUGAUGUAAUAUGCUGAAAAAAUAAAA